AGCUCCUCCCGCUCGCCCUCGCGAGAAGAGCCGUCCUGGCGGCGGCGCGCGGUUGCUGAGGCGACGGGCUCGCGCUCGCCCUUCAGGCUCGGCGAAGAUGGCGGCCGGCGCUCUCUCGCCUCCCGCCCCCCUCCCGCGUGAGCUCUGCGCGGCCGAGGAACGGAGCGGGCACUGCGCCGUGGUGGACGGGGACUGCCUUUAUGUGUGGGGAGGAUACGUGUCAAUUGAAGAAAAUGAAGUUUACCUUCCCAAUGAUGAGCUCUGGAUCUACGAGAUUGACAGUGGAUUAUGGUCAAUGCAUCUAAUGGAAGGGGAGUUACCUCCGUCCAUGUCUGGAAGCUGUGGCGCUUGCAUCAAUGGGAAGCUGUACCUCUUUGGUGGCUUUGAUGACAAAGGAUAUAGCAAUCGGCUCUAUUAUGUUAAUUUGCGAACAAGGAACGGAACCUAUUUGUGGAAAAAAAUCUCAGACUUUAAAGGUCAGCCUCCUACACCACGUGACAAACUUGCCUGCUGGGUGUAUAAAGACAGGCUAAUAUAUUUUGGAGGUUAUGGCUGCCGGAAGCAAAACGAGCUGAGCGACUGCUUCGAUGUCCAUGAUGCAUUUUGGGAAGGGCAGAUAUACUGGGGAUGGCACAACGAUGUCCAUGUCUUUGAUACGCGUCUACAAACUUGGCAUCAGCCAACAAUUAAACAAGGAGACCCACCUCAGCCUCGAGCAGCUCACUCGUGUGCCGUCCUAGGAAAUAAGGGCUACGUCUUUGGAGGACGGGUUUUGCAAACAAGGAUGAACGAUUUACAUUGCCUGAACCUGGAGACCUGGGCUUGGUCAGGAAAAAUUUGUACAAAUGAUGAAAAACCUGGAGAGCGAUCAUGGCAUACUUUAACUCCGAUAGCGGAUGAUAAACUGUUCCUGUUUGGUGGGCUGAGUUCAGAUAAUGUACCUCUAAGCGAUGGGUGGAUUUAUAGCGUGUCACCAAGCGAAUGGCAACAGCUUGCCUAUUUACCAAAGAGCAGACCGAGGUUGUGGCAUACAGCCUGUCUUGGAAAAGAGGGGGAAGUUAUGGUCUUUGGAGGAAGUAAAGAUGAUCUGCAUUUCCUGGACACAGGACAUUGCAGUGAUUUAUUGAUUUUCCAGACCCAGCCGUACUCCCUUCUCAGGCUUUGCCUCGACUGCAUUGCUAAAAAUGCUGUCCUCUUGGAGAAUCAGAUAUCCUGGCUCCCAUCGAAACUGCUUGAGCAAACUAUGGAUAAAAUCACUUACUGGGCAGCAGUCAGCCAUCGCCAAGAGAAAAAAGCUGAAGCCGAAGAACAAGAGCAGAGUCAUUUCACUUAGGCAGAACAAAAGCAAUUUCACCUAGCAACUUUCUGCAAAAAUCUACAGCAUGCAGCACAGACUGUUGUCAGAGAGCAUUUAGAAAUGUUACCAAUCAGCUGUUCAGUGGGCUGGAUUUCCAAGCUCUGUCUUGCCUGGAAUCUUAGAAAUAUUCUCUUAUUUCUUGGUACCUGAGCACCAGUUACAGUUAUACCGCUUGUGGGUUCUGAGGUUAAUGGCUUGCCCUGAGCCAGUUCAUAAAGAGCAUACCCACUAGUUCUACCUAAAACUAAAGAAGCACAUAAGGUUUUUUGGAGGAUCAGAUUUGAUUGUAUUUCUGAGUAUCGCCUCAUGUUUACCAUUGUCUGAAAAAAGGGAAUUCAUAGACAACAGUCUAAAAAUACAAUUCUUCGAUUGAGAGUACUAUGAAAGGCUUAGCUGAGGUUUUUAUGGGCUACGCGGAAUGUCGUUUUGUAGAAGCACCACAGAUAAAUGACUGGACAAAUGUCAAGUUAUCUUUUAAGUAUUGCACUGUUAAGUGUUUUUCAUCUGCUAAGUCAAAGCAGUUGCACUGAACCUUGUUCCUCCUCCCCCCCCCCCGCCACCCCCAUAAUGAAUCACAGUUUCAAAAAUUUUACAUACCACACUUCGGAUGUGUAAAGUUUGUAUUUAACAUUGUUGAAAAUAUUUUGCUUAUUUAUUGUAAAAAUGUUUAUAGAAAUCAUAUUUUCUUAUCUCUUUUCAGGCAUUUAGUUAAUAGUCAUUAAAAUCUGUUAUGCAUUUGAAUAGAA